AUGUCCUUAACGGAUUUCUUGGCUGAUCAAUCAACAGGAUCUUGGGCUGAUGAAAUGGAAGAUUUGCCAUCUGCUCCUGCUGCUGCUUUUAAAGAUUCUGGAGAUCAUGAUGAAUCUCAUCGUCGAGGUGGUUUCGGUGAUAGGAACAGAAAUUAUCAAAAUCAUAGAGGUUCAAGAGAUUCACGAUAUGACUCACCGCGUGAACCCCGAUUUCCAGGUCGUUCUGAUCGACCUCCUCAACCUCUUCCUACAUCUCCUCCAUAUACCGCUCACCUUGGAAAUUUACCUUAUGAUUUAACUGAAACCGAUGUAUCAAAAUUUUUCGUUGACACUAAUAUAGCUACCAUUCGAAUCCUUCGUGAUAAAGAUGAAAAACCUAAAGGUUUUGGUUAUGUGGAAUUUAAAGAUUUAGAGUCUUUAAGUAAAGCUUUGGAUAUGACUGGAGAGAAUCUUAGCAACCGACCUAUUAGAGUUAGUGUAGCAGAACCUCGUGAAGAUCGUACGGCUGGCGAAUGGCGACGAUCAUCUCCAAGAGAAACGCCAUCGUCAUCUCCAAGAAACGAAAGAUUUAAUUCCGCCGAUAGAUAUGGUUAUAAAGAAGAUAAUAGAUGGGGCAAUGAUCGUGGAGGAUUCCGUGAUAGGGGUAAUACUCAUUAUGGACAUCGUGGUGGUAGUGGUGGUGAUAGAGGUGGUGAUAGAGGCGAUAGAGGUGGUGAUAGAGGCGAUAGAGGAAGUGAUAGAGGCGAUAGAGGAAGUGAUAGAGGCGAUAGAGGAAGUGAUAGAGGUGAUAGAAACAGUGAUAGAGGCGAUCGUGGAGAUCGUGGAGGUUUCGGAAAUGUUGGUGGUGGUGACAGACCGGAACGUAAGCCUGAUACAGAAUGGAAAGGUGGUGCUUUUAGUGGUGGCAGUAAUAGUAAUAUCAGGUCGGGUGGCUAUCGUGAUAGAAGAUCGGAGGGUGGUCAUAGAGAUCCUCAUGUGAAAAGAAAUGAUACAAGGUCACCAAAUUAUAAUCGACGUGAAAGUUCUGAUUCUUCAAUUCACCAUAUACUACGCAAAAAAUUGGAAUUGAAACCAAGAAGUACAACAACAUAUAUUGCUACUUCGCCAACAAUGUCCGAUCCAAAAUCUCCAAAUUUAUCAUCAAGCCCUCCAACUACCAGACCAAAAUCAAAUCCAUUUGGUGAAGCCAAACCAAUAGAUACCGUUGAAGCACUUCGAAAAGUUGAGGAGCAAACAUUACCAACUUCUUCAGUCACAAAACCAAUUAAAUCAACUGAAUCAUCGGGAACUGCUAUUACAUCUAAAGUUGUUUUGCUCGAUACAGGUGAAAAUGUAAAGAAAAACAUCAAAGUGGAAAAAGCGGACAUGGAGUUGGCAGAUAUUCCAGUAUGUCAUCGACCCGAAAAAGGUAAAUCCGGUCCAGCUUUGAAGAUAAAUCUCGUAGUGGAUGAUGGUAUAUUGUAG